CGGAGCCUAGACUCCUGGAGGCGGGGGUAGCGCUGGAUCUGGUGGAGUUAAGGCGCAGCAAGAUGGCGGCCGAGACGGUGGAGCUGCACAAGCUGAAGCUUGCUGAACUAAAGCAAGAAUGUCUUGCUCGUGGUUUAGAGACCAAGGGAAUAAAGCAAGAUCUUAUCAAUCGGCUGCAGGCGUAUCUUGAAGAACAUGCUGAAGAGGAGGCAAAUGAAGAAGAUGUACUGGGAGACGAGACUGAGGAAGAAGAACCGAAGCCCAUAGAACUGCCUGUUAAAGAGGAAGAACCUCCGGAAAAAACUGUUGAUGUGGCCUCAGAAAAGAAGGUGGUAAAAAUUACAUCUGGAAUACCUCAGACUGAAAGAAUGCAGAAGAGGGCUGAACGAUUCAAUGUUCCUGUAAGCUUGGAGAGUAAGAAGGCUGCGCGGGCAGCUAGGUUUGGAAUUUCUUCUGUUCCAACAAAAGGUCUGUCAUCUGACACCAAACCUAUGGUUAACCUGGAUAAACUAAAGGAAAGAGCACAGAGAUUUGGUUUGAAUGUCUCUUCCAUCUCUAGAAAGUCUGAGGAUGAUGAGAAGCUGAAAAAAAGGAAGGAGAGAUUUGGGAUUGUGACAAGUUCAGCUGGAACUGGAACCACAGAGGAUACAGAGGCCAAGAAAAGGAAAAGAGCAGAGCGUUUUGGGAUUGCAUAAUGAAAAGUCCAUGCUUUCUGCCCCACAGUGGUUUCCAUUUCUCAAACUCUUGUUGGUUUUUAUACACACACCCUACACACAGUCAUGUGCCUCACAGUGAGGAAGUGUGUGCCUUAGAUAGGUACAUCCUUAAAUUCCAGCAGCAGUUUAAUUUAACUGCUACUCUGCAUUAAGGUUGUUAUAUUUUUGUUUUUAAUUAUUUUGAUUAUUAAUAAAAAGAGAAAGAAAAGAGAA